CCCGGAAACACUGGCCCAGUGCACGGCGUCAUUUGGUGACCCAAAAUGGCGGAGUCGCGGUCAGAGUUGGAUGUCUUGGUACAACGAGUAGUUAAAGACAUUAGUAAUGCAUUGAAGAGGAACCCCAACAUUGAUGAGAUUGGUGUGAUUCCAUGUCCAGAGGGACGUUACAACCGCAGCCCCAUCGUGGUGUUGGAGAACAAGCUGGGUGUUGAGAGCUGGUGUCUCAAGUUUCUGCUGCCCUAUGUACAUAACAAGUUGUUACUCUACCGCCAGCAGAAACAUUGGCUGGAUAAGGAAGCUUUAGUGGAUAUCACAUCCACCCUCUUGCUGCUUAAUCCUGACUUCACAACUGCUUGGAAUGUCAGGAAGGAGUUAAUUCAGCGUGGAGUUCUUACUGCGGAAAUGGACCUCUACUUGGGCAAGUUGGCACUCACCAAAUUCCCCAAGAGCCCGGAGACGUGGAUACAUCGACGCUGGGUGCUGCAGCAAAUCCUGAGAGGCCCGUCAGAUGUGGAUUGUGAUGGAAAGAAGCAACAGGGUGAAGCAGAGCAGGCAGAUUUAAAAAGGAGUCAGAAGUUCAAUUACCAUCUUGCUCCAAUGCUCCACAAAGAGCUAAAUGUCUGCUCUGAUGCUGCAUGUCGUUAUCCCAGCAACUACAAUGCAUGGUCCCACCGCAUCUGGAUUCUGCAACACAUGGCCAAAGGCAAUGUCAAGGUUUUCCAGGAUGAGCUGUCCACAAUGCGUCAAUGGGUGUUAAUGCAUGUAACGGACCAUAGUGGCUUUCACUACCGCCAAUUCCUGCUCAAGGAGCUCAUCGAAGAUUUUUCUCAGCCCCCAGCUCCCAGCAUAUACUGCUCACCCCAACAACAGUCCAUGCCUAGAAGCUGCUUCUUAUCUUCCAUCAAUCCCCUGGCCAAUGGGAAGCAGUUAGAAAUCAAUACAGUGGAUCAAGAUGAGAGGGAGCUUGAACUGUUUGAGCUCUUUCACCAGGAGAUAGAACUGUGCUCAGACCUGAUCCGGUCUUUUCCUGGACAUGAGACCCUGUGGAGUCACAGACGUCAUGUCUUCUAUUUGUGGCACCAGUGGAGGUGGGAACACCAGCUUGUCUACUUCAACUCUAAUGGAGGCACUGUCCUUCAUAACAUUGGUGACGCAGCCCAACUGAAGCCAGGUGCCCAAGGGUGUGGCAAUCGGGGAGAUGGUGCAAUAGAGGUAGAUGGCAUAUUUUUGCCUGAUCCUUGUAACAAGCGUCUUAAGAGGGGUGGCUAUGAGUCAAACCUCCCCAGCUUGUCCUCAGAAUGCACAUUUCUGAGCGCUAUUCUAGACAGACAAUGUAACCCUGAGCAAAGACACUUUGGCCUGGCAUACAAAAAGUGGCUAGACUCUGUAAUCAGUAAGACGCUUUGAAUAAAAUAAUUGGUGGACACAUUAUUUUAAAUAGUACCAUUGAAGUUGGCUUGUGGCAGUGCUGCUUUUAAGAACCAAGCAUAGUGGAACAAAGAUUCUGUCAAAUUUUUGUUUAUUUUCUCUGUUUUCACAAUUAUAAAAUAGAACGGGUGUAGUUGUUUGUUCCUCCAUUCCAUAUUAUUUAAAUUUUAAGCAUCCUCCAGUGUCUCUUGUUUUGUCCAUUUCAGUGUCUUACCCUUUCUUUUUCCCUAUAUUGUUUUUAUUUCUGUUAAUGUAUCAUGUGAAAGAAAUGUUUAUUAACAUCUAACUAUGACAUUUUGCUACAUUCGCUUUGCCAUUUAACUUAUGACCAUAUAAACAUUUGAUUCCAAGUUGUGACUGUGGAGUUCCUGUAUCUGUUAUUGAAGAAGUGUUCGGGAUUUCUCUGCUCAGCCCCACAGCCAUGAGAUGGAAGGUGGUUGAAUAUUGGGUCAAUAGCCCAUUGCCACAUGCCAUUUCUCCAUAUUAAAAAAGCAGACUUUUUGCCCAUAUACUAGCCCCAGUCCACCCCUCCCCAUCAUAGCUAAUCUGUUGAGUGUAUCAGUUAUGAUUUUGAAUUUUUUUAAUGAGAUUGUUCAAAAUUACAUUAUGAUCUCGAUCCUCAAACACCACCCCACCCCCUCCCCGCAGACUUAUAUGCAUCAGGGAGAUGUGCAAGGACAUGAUGACACAGCACAUUGUCGCCAACUCCACUAGAUAGCAAACACAAAUAAAGGAGAGGUAACACGAGA